UGGCUUGUAAAAAUCCUUUUACCGGCGAGCUCGACGAUUGGAGCUGAACACCAAAGGUGGGAAUGCAACGUAUCAGGGGGUUAGAAAGUGUAAAAUACAUUCGCGAAGAGGAAAUAUCUCUCGUGCUGGGCGUUUACCAGUUCACGUUCUGUGUUAAUCGACGACAGUUUAAUGUUAUUUUUAACAACACAUGUCCGAAUUGUUUUUUUUUAAAUUUCGUAUUUUCGGCGCGAUUUUUUAUCAAAGUUUAAUACUUACCGGUUGAAUUUUUUUUCUCUGUUUUUAUACUGCAAGUGCGUGCGUGAUUGAUUUUUCCAUAAUUAUUUAAAUAAACGUACUUAUUCUGUUGUGAAAAUAAUUUUUUAUUUGAUAAGUUGGUUCGAUUAUGAGAUAACAAAAUAUUCGAAGAUUGAUUUCAUUCGUUCAUCAAUUUAUACUCGACCGCGAAUCCUGAAAUUCAUCAAAAUCGCGGUGUCCGAGCAAAAAACCAACGGCCUUCAUUUUUGGCCCGGAGCAAAUCCCGAAGAUCGGAUGACAGUUCACGAAAUGACUGCUGGAGUAGGCACUAGUAUGCCUCAUCACCAUCUCAGCAGAUCCAGAUUUAUGAUCACAGAUAUUUUGUCCGGCCAUAGUGGACAGAGAUCUCCUCCAUCGCCCGCAUCCUCUGAUGGACCGAGGGACUUAUCUUUACAUUCCAGAGAUUCAGAGCUAAGUGAUGGACACGAAAGUGGCACUGAUAGUGGUCUUCCAGGUGAAAAUUCCUCAGUAUGUUCUAAUGGACAUAAAGAUGAAGAUGGUAGAAAUUCUGGAAGUCAUUCGCUCAGCAGUUUGAGUAAAAAACAAAGAAAGGCCAGAACAGCUUUUACCGAUCACCAAUUACAAACGUUAGAGAAAAGUUUCGAAAGACAGAAAUACCUUAGUGUGCAAGAUAGGAUGGAAUUAGCCGCCAAACUUAAUUUAUCAGAUACUCAAGUUAAAACGUGGUAUCAAAAUAGAAGAACAAAAUGGAAAAGACAAACAGCAGUAGGACUAGAACUGUUAGCCGAAGCUGGAAAUUACGCCGCUUUUCAAAGAUUAUAUGGCGGACCACCAUACGGAUGUUGGCCAUACUCAGGCACAGGUUCAAAUCCAGCUUCAGCAGCUGAUCUAUACUACAGACAAGCUGCCGCUGCCGCUGCCGCCGUCAGUACCUUACAAAAGCCUUUGGCCUACCGACUAUAUCCAGGUCUGCCAGGACCAGGACCUUCACCUACCACUCAUCACAUACCAACUCCUCCUACAUUGGCUGCAUCAGCUAGUCUAUCAUCUCUUUCUAACUAUUAUAACAGUGUUCAUGGUCUACCAGUAAGAUCUCCUACGCCCGAUCAUCCUCCACCAUCGCAAACUCCUGAUAGUAGACCCGAAUCUGUGGACGUCGAAGAUGAUUCGCCUAGUUCACCCAAUGUCGACGUGUAAAUGUUGCCAACUGCGCAGUUUUUCUUGUGCAGUGGGCGCAACUUUCAAUAAGUCGCUGGAUCAUGACAUGCUUAGUGUUACUAAAUACCUAUACUUAAAUUAUAUAACAUCUAGUCAACGAAACUAUUUACGAAUUUUUAAGUUUUUAUUAUUUUGUACCUUCGCGCGAUGGUCCUUCUGUUAUGUUAAAUGAUUGGAAAAUGCACUAUUUUGGGGUGAUCGAAAAAAGAAAUCGGGCAUAUUUUCAAUAAUACAAAACUUCUUUACUUGUUUUUGAUGUACAAUUUGUUCCGAACAGUUGUAAAAAUCAAAUUUAAUUUAAUUUCGUUAAUUUAUUUUAUUUUGUAAAAAAAAAGUUGUUACUGUUUGGUUGUAUUGUAUACAUUUGUUGCUUUUAUUCCAAAAUUUAUUUAAAAAACGUGUGAAACGCUUCUAUGCUAAGUGUUUUUUUUUUUUUUUUUUUUUUUUGUACAAAUCUAGUAUUAUUAUUUAGUAGGUACGUGACAAAUAUGAGAGAAAAAUUAGGCGAGUAUUAGGAUGUUUUAGAGUUAACCAGUACCCUGAUUAAGAAAAUUUGUAAAAUUUGUCCUUAAUUUUAGUUUUCUUUGUUAUUUAUGACUACUUAUUAACUGUAUGUUGUAAGUAUUGAUUAAGUGCAAUCCCUUUGUAUCUCAUUUUUAUGUAAAUUAUUUCCUUCGUGUAAUUUUAAUGAAAUGAACAAAGAAAAACAAAACAAAUAUAAAAUAUUUGAUUGACAAUGA